AAAACUGACUAAUAGUGCUGUAGUGGAGUUGCCGAGCUGCAGAGAAUACCCUUCACACGUCCUUGCCAAUUCCCUUGCUGCUGUCACAAUUUUUGCUAUCCUGUGCUAAAGCUACAGGGUUAUGCGAUGGAGAUGAGCUGGGCAUCUUGAUUUCUUUCUGGACCUUUUGAGAAAAACCAGGGAAAUGAAGAAUUGAUAUAAUGGGAAAAAUCUAGGCUUUCUAAGCGUUCCUUUUGUUUUCGUUUCUUUCUUGCUCGGCAACCAAACUAGUUGGCUACUAUGGAUCUCCAAACCGCGGAUGGAGUUCGAAGGAAUUCGACGAAAAUAUGCGCCCCAGUAAUGGCGGAAACAGUUGAUCAGAUGCUGACUCAAGCCCGAAAGGCCAAGGAACUUGGUGCCGACCUUGUCGAGAUUCGAUUGGACUUCUUGAAGACCUUUAAUCCUAGACAGGAUCUCGAGAUCUUGAUUAAACAGUGUCCUUUGCCUACUCUUAUCACUUAUAGGCCAAUAUGGGAAGGUGGAAAGUAUGAUGGUGAUGAAAGCAAGCGACAAAAUGCAUUACGUCUAGCCAUGGAGUUGGGAGCUGAUUAUAUUGAUGUUGAACUUCAGGUGGCUCAUGAUUUCUACAAUGCCAUUCAAGGGAAGAAACCGGCAAAGAUCAAAAUCAUCGUCUCUUCACACAACUAUCAAAAUACUCCAUCUCUUGAAGAAAUCGGCAAUCUUGUGGCAAGAAUACUGGCUACUGGAGCUGAUAUAGUAAAGGUUGCAACAACUGCUGUAGACAUCACAGACUCUGCACGUCUAUUUCAAAUUCUAGUGCAUUCUCAAGUCCCCAUGAUAGGAAUUGUCAUGGGUGAGAAGGGUUUUAUUUCAAGAAUACUUAGUGCAAAAUUUGGUGGGUUUCUCACUUUCGGUUCUAUUGAGGCGGGGUUGGUAUCAGCUCCUGGGCAACCAGCUGUAAAGGAGUUGCUGGAGUUAUACAAUUUCAGACAGUUAGGACCUGAUACCAAAGUACACGGUGUUAUUGGGAAUCCUAUCGGUCACAGCAAAAGUCCUCAUCUAUACAAUCCAGCAUUCAAAUCUGUCAAUUUUAAUGGAAUUUAUUUGCCUCUGUUGGUUGAUAAUGUCGCCAAUUUUCUCAAGACCUACUCGUCUCACGACUUUGUUGGAUACAGUUAUACAAUUCCUCAUAAGGAGGCUGGGUUUAAUUGUUGUGAUGAGAUAGAUCCAAUUGCCAAGGAAAUUGGAGCUAUUAGUUGCAUGAUCAAGAGACCUGAUGGAAACCUAAUGGGUUACAAUGUUGACUAUCUUGGAGCAAUUGCAGCUAUUGAGGAAGGACUUCGAGCAUCCAAUGGUGCAAGCCAAGCAUCUGGUUCUCCAUUGACCGGUAAAUUGUUUGUCGUCAUGGGAGCUGGUGGUGCUGGAAAAGCACUUGCUUUUGGUGGAAAAGAAAAGGGAGCAAGAGUCAUAGUGGCCAAUCGAACAUAUGACAAAGCCAAACAACUUGCCAGUAAAGUUGGAGGAGAAGCUAUAACUCUUGCCGAAUUAGAAAAUUUCCAUCCAGAAGAUGGGAUGAUUCUUGCAAAUACAACAUCUGUUGGAAUGAAACCAAAAAUUGAGAGCACACCCCUUUCCAAGGAAGCUCUUAAACACUAUUCUUUGGUUUUUGAUGCCAUUUACACCCCAAAAAUGACAAGACUGUUGAGAGAAGCACAAGAGUCUGGAGCCACUAUUGUUUAUGGAACAGAAAUGUUCAUUAACCAAGCAUUUGUACAGUUUGAAAAGUUCACCGGAUUGCCAGCACCAAAGCAACUGAUUCGGGACACUUUGGCGAGAAAUACAUAAGAAAUAUAUGUCUGGUUACUCUUAUUGCAGUUGGACCUAUUUUUCAACAUUACAGCUAUUGCAUUUCAAUUCCUCAAUGUUCCAUCAGAUGUUGCCUUCUUCUGUUGUACCAAUAAAUUAAAACUUUCAUUCU